UUUUAUACUGUGUAAUACUUAAUUUCAGAUGCAGAGACAGAUAUAUAUAUAGAAAAUAAACGUCUUUUAAAACGACCUUUUCCUGAGUAGAUUCCACAACUUUAAAAGCAGGCCACUAACUGCAAAAAAAGAAAUAAAAAAUAGCCUGUCACUAUCACGUGCGUCCUCCAGAAAUACACUGGUGCCCCCAGUAUAAAGAUCAUGUUGCAGGAGAGGAAGGACCCUUUCAGGGUAAACAGAAACCAAUUUGCUUAGUUCAUCUUUGGAUUCUCAAAGGGGAACUGACUGUUGUCUUCAGACAAGCAAAUGAUUUAACAAGAGAAGAGGACACCUGCUGCCCAGACGCAGGACUCACUUCUGGAAGCCCAUUUCUUAACCACCAUCCCCUCCAGCCUCCAUGCAAGCAGGGGGAGUCCCUCCAUCCAACGACCAGACCAGCAGCACACCCAGCGGCGCGAAGACGGCGCGCGGGGACGCGGACGGCGCGCGGAGGAGCUACUCCUUUGUCACGGGCUACGGAAAACGAUGCGUGGCGUGGAAGCGUCCGGACGGGAGCGUGUUCGUGACCCCGGAGCCCGAGGAGCCUCUGGAUCCUAUAGUUGUGGCGAUCAAGAAUGGCGAUGUGCAGACUGUGAAGAAACUGCUAGUAUUAUCUCCAAACAGCUUAACGGAAGGCAAUCGUGAGGGGUGGCUGCCUUUACACGAGGCCGCACAUUACGGCCAAGAAGAAUGUAUUAAGGUCCUGCUGAAGGCCUGCCCAGAGCUGAUUGACAAGCGUACCCUCCAGGAGCAGACACCUCUCUUCUUGGCUGUCGCCUGUGAUCAUGUGUUCUGUGCGCAGUACCUGCUGGAGAAUGGCGCUGACCCGGACAUCUCCAACAAAAACAAAGAGACUCCUCUUUACAAAGCCUGUGAGCGUGAUAACGUAGAACUGGUGGAGCUCCUGCUGAAGUUUGGGGCUGGGGUGAAUCAGCGCUGCAGCCAAGGAUGGACAGCACUCCACGAGGCAGCAUGCCGCAACAACGUCCAUAUCUGCCAGAUACUGGUAGAAGCUGGAGCCAAGGUUGGCACCCGCAAUGCCUAUGGGAUCACACCCCUUUUUGUAGCAGCCCAGAGUGGACGUGUGGACACACUGAAAUUCCUUAUCAGCAAAGGAGCGGAUGUGAACAGUCAGGCUGGAGAUGGGGCCACGGCCCUAUAUGAGGCCUGCCGAAAUGGCCAUAUCGAGGCAGUACAGUUGAUGCUGUCCAACAAUGCUGAUGCCAACAAGCCUGCAAAGUCAGGCCUCUUACCCCUUCACAUUGCUUCUCAGCAUGGUCAUGAUGAGAUUGUGUCUUUGUUGAUUCCUAUGACCAGCAGAGCCCGGGUGCGAAGCGCAGGCAUUAGCCCCCUCCAUCUGGCAGCUGAACAGAACCAAGACGAGGUCCUAGAGGUUCUGAUUGAGGCGGGCUUUGAUGUCAAUGCUGCCCUCUCCCAUGAUCGCUCUGCCGUGUAUGAGGACCGCCGCACCACUGCACUGUACUUUGCUGUUUCAAACGGCAACAUUGAGGCCACCGCUAUGCUGUUGGAAGCUGGUGCUAACCCUAGCCUGGACACGUUCAACCCCCUGCUACUGGCUGCACGCCAUGGCUGCGUUAAGACCGUUACCCUCCUGUUGGAGCACGGUGCUGACCCAAAUGCUCGCAUCCCAACCCACCCCACUACCUUCCCCAUUGCUGCGCUAUUCUGCAUGAAGCACCUACCCUUGCUCAAGAUCCUGCUGGAUGGAGACUGUGAUGCAAAGGCAUUCUUUAGUUGCCGGUAUGGCAAUAAGCCACACCCACCUCUCAAAACCACUGGCAACAGCUGGAGCUUCAAUAGCAACACUCUUCGGUUUGGUUCUGAUGCUCAACCAUUUGGGUUCAGUGAGGACUCUACAGCCCCUUUGCAGUUCUGUGAGGCAAUCUCAUCACCUGCUCUAAGCCGCUGGGCAGGGCCUGUCAUCGAUCUGCUGCUAGACUAUGUGGGCAGUGUGCCACUGUGUUCCAGGCUCACUGAGCAUUUGGAGAGCUACGAAGAAUGGGCUACCACCAAGGAGAAAUCAGCCCUCCCCCGGCCAUUGAUGCACCUGUGCCGUCAUAGGAUCCGGGAGCAGGUGGGAGGGCGGGGUCUGAAACGUCUGACCACUCUGCCUCUGCCAGGAAGACUAAUCAAAUACCUGAGCAACGAUCGCUCCAAAGAUGAAUGCGGAAACCUUUCAGCUCAAUGAGAAAUUAAGAGCCAUGGUCACCACUUAGUGAAGACAAUUCAAACCGUUGACUAAAGUGGCAAGACGGGUCAUGCCUUGUUUGAAAGCAUUCUACUGAAUUAUAACCACUGUGUUCAAUAUGUUUGAUAAGGGCUGAUCUGGUGACAUUUUUAAAAGACCUUUCCAGCUGUGCAUCUACAUAGACACCAUCACAGGCAGCUCAGGUCUUCUAAUCUUUAUAGUAAUGUGGAAGUUUGUUUUAUUUUGGUACAUUGCGUUUUGUACUCUUGAGUGUUAAGAUGUUUCCCUGACUAGUUGUGACUCGGUAUACUGGAUGUAUGAGUCUGUUGGGCUGUUAAAGCUUGGAAGAUUAUCCAGAGCAUAGACUGAAAUGAAGAUUAUGCGUGAUGCUCAGAAGGUUUGUAUUCAGUACACUUGCUUGCUGUCUUCAUCAUUAUAAUCGCCUUUUGUCUCCUGUUUAAUUGUGUGAAUCUGUUUUGUGCCUAAAUUAUAUAAAGAUAAAAAUGCUGACAGGAUAAUUUAAAGCUCAGUGGAUAUGGCAUCCAAAAGUCUUUAUCAUUUGAGAUAUUUAUAAAGAAGCAUUUAAACUUAUAUGGAGUUAGGUGAGAGGGAGAUAUCAGUGUACUCUUAUUAACUUGAUUUUGGUGCUCAGUAUUUAUUUUAACAAGAACUACUGUGGAGUACAUAUCAGCAUCAUGCAGGAAAGUCACUUUUUAAGAAAUGUGUGGUUUUCAUUGUAUAAUUCUUAAGUAGACGUGGGCACGGAGCUGUCGGGAGAAAGAACCAAGGUACAAGGAAGGUUGUGCUAGACUUGGUAGGCAGCCUCCAGGAUGUACCUACCCAGAGCAGUUCACACCAGUACCUUGGUCCUCUCACUGUGGCCACUUCUGCCCCAUAACUGGCACAUCCAAAAUUAGAAGCCUGAAAUGUGCCACACAUUUUCAAUGUAAUGUCUUUGCAUUUGCUGCAGUGGGACCUGUGCAAAAAUAACAUCUUCAGAUAAACGCCUUUGAUACAGACUACAAACUGUGAUGCCUCAUCCAAUAGUGCAAAAAGAAAUGUUCAAAAUUCAGGGAAACAAGAUAGUAAAUGCUGGUAGUGUGCAAUAUAAUAAUUUGUAUUGUUUGGCCAAUGAAUGCUUGUACUGAUAAAGUUUAUCGAUUCCACAGUCAUUCUUUCUUUGGCGGUAACCUUUUAUAUUUUGUAUGUGUGGUGGGUAUUUUGUGUGGUUUGUAUAAGUAUGCUUUAAGGGUGGUGUUGGUGGGGGGUGGAAAAAAGAACAACCUUGGACC